AUCUCCAAGAGGCGUCGCGGAACCGCACGCUCCUCAAACCAUUUCCCAAUUGCCUCGGCAAUAUUACCAUGAAGACAAGUACCGUACUCUGCCUCAUGGCGCUAGCUGCGUCGACGUCGGCGACGCUUCGUGGCGCCUCGUACAUGCUCAUCGAAGAGAACGACGCGCCUGUGUUCCUCGAGCAAUAUGAAGAGAACGACGCGCCCGUUUUCCUCGAGCAAUAUGACGAGAACGACGCGCCCGUGUUCCUCGAGCAAUACGACGAGAUCGAAGCUUACGAUGCGACGUACAAGCAGCCAUACAAAAAGCCUGCGGCGUCAUACAGCAAGCCACCGACCAAGCCAUGCGCGAAGUCGAAGCCGGCGAUCUACCAAAAGCCGUCGCCAUCGUACCAGAAGCCGACGACGUACACGAAGCCGGCGACCUACCGAGAGCCGUCGCCGUCGUACCAGAAACCGGCGUCGUACCAGAAGCCGGCUACCUACCAGAAGCCAGCGACGUACUCAAAGCCGGCGACGUACUCGAAGCCGUCGUCGUACCAAGAGCCGUCACCGUCGUACCAGAAACCGGUGACGUACUCGAAGCCGGCGACCUACCAACAGCCGUCGCCAUCGUAUCAGAAACCGGCGACGUACACGCAGCCGUCGUACACGAAGCCGCCGUCGCCGUAUCAAGAGCCGUCACCGUCGUACCAAAAGCCGUCGAUGUACCAGGAGCCGUCGAUGUACCAAGAGCCAUCGUACCAAAAGUCGGCUUUCUUCAACCUUCUCUCGGACGAAACCGAGGACACGGAAAGCGUUUUCCUUGCGGAUCGAGUGCCACAGCACGACGACGAUGGUGAUGACAACACGAGCGGCCUGGACACUGAGAAACGGCGGCCGACGCACUUGUUGACGCCGUCGUCGGGCGGCGCGUUCAACAAAAACUCGGGUGUGAAGACGUUCUUUUUGCGCUCCGUGCCCGAAGACGACGACGAUAUCAACGACGAGGAGAUCAACACCGGCAACGACGAAGAUCUAGACUAUAUCCUCCCGAAUGCAUGGGAGAACCUUGACAACUAA